AUGGAUGAAUUCAGCGGAAAAGACGAGGCGUUUGUCGAGCAAUGGCUUGUCCGUCAGGGACUAGAAAAACUGGUCAAUGUUUUUAAAGAAUUGUUUUCAUCUUUUUGGCAUUGUUCGCUGACAUGGCUGUCGGGUAGUCUAUAUCGAAACUGCCCUACUUUUAUUCUAGAGAAUGAAAUAGAUGGAGACGCAUUCCGCCUUCUGGACAGGGAUUCCUUGAAGGCUAUGAUCCCAAAACAGGGUUUGUUGCUCAAGUUUGAUCAAAAGUUUAAGCAAAUUGCCAACAACCUGGAGACUGCAUCCCCUAAAGUGGUUUUAACUACUGGCAGCACAACGCCUGUUGUUGUGACUGAUGAUGUUCAAUCCUAUCCAUCCCCAUCCCCUGUAUGUGACGAACCGUCUCAAAAACCGCUUAAAGAAGAGAUUAUCAAAGAGCAAUCAAAAAUUUAUGGCAGAUUCAGGGGAGAUGCGAAGUUGACAGCGUGGCAGGAAGCUGUAAACGCUGCAGCCCUCAAAAUAGCCUUGAAGUCGCCAAAUGAAAUGUGCGACAGAGCAUCCUUAAAAGCAAGCGCUGAGGCAGAUGCAAGGAAAACCUUUGUCUACCGUAAGAAAACCGGUUCCAGAUCAAAAUUUGCUGAGUCCGAGAAGUCUGUACCCAAAACGAAAAAGCAGUCAACUGAUGACAGAUCCAAAGAAAUCAACUUGCUUUCUGUGGAACUUCAGUCACUAACAGCGCAAAGCGCAAAUAAACAAAAGGAGGUUGCGCAUGCAAAUAAUUUAAAGGAAAACAAAAGAUGCACAAGUUUGCACAAAGAGUUGCGUGCUAUGUUAGUUGAAAGGCAACAAGUACAAAAUAAGCACUCCGAUCUUCACAAAAAGGAAGCAAAGCAUUAAACUUACAUGGCAUGAAGAACCACUUCCUCAAGGACCACAGCAACUGCAACAUCGACAGACACUGCAACCAAAGUGGACAUAAGGUCCUUUCUACGAGUCAAGAUGACCAGCGAUCCAAAUCAAGAUGGCUGCGAAGAGAGUGCAGAAGUGGUUUCAAAAAAGAGGAGGUUGGAUUUUAAAGAUAUCAGUGGCGAGGGUAUUGUGGUUGGAGUGGAGGUUGCGGAUGAUAAGAAGAUUGGUGGCGAAAUGGUUGAAGUUAAUGGAGCAAAGGAAGUGCCAUGUGUGGUGCUUGAAGAUGAGGCAGUGUCUGAUAAGAAGACUGAUGACGAGAAAAGUGAGGUGUCCGGAGUAAAGGUGGCGUCGUGUGCGAAUGUUGGUGAUGAAUAUAAUAAGGUAAGGUAAGGUAAGAUAAUAAGAAAUUCUGAAAUUCUGAAGCAUACA